UCGAAAUAAAAGGAUGUAACAUUAACAACAAACUUUCUAAAGAUGUUAUCCUGUGAAGAACUAGCAAUAAUGAGAAAUUUACCCGCUCUUGUGUCAGAUUUGGAUAGUAUGGAUAUUAUUGAUCACCUUACUGCUACUACUCCUCCAUUAAUCACUCCUAAUGAUUAUGAAUCAAUUAUAGCGACUUCCCAAAGAGAGGGCAGAAGAGCCGGAGUAAGAUGCUUGAUUGCAUGUUUACUACGUCGAUCGGAAAUCCAAAAAGUAUUCAGAUCUUUUCUGAAUAUAUUGAAAGAAGAUUACGGCCACUUGUUUGAUUUGUUAGACAAAACAUACGAGAGCUUAAAAAACAAAAAUAACGAUGAAUUUGAUUUUGGUGCACUAAACAAAAUUUCCUUUUGUUCUAGUAUUGUCUUGGAGACAGAAAAUCCACUAACCAUAACUACCCCUUGUCAAUCGAUCUCCAAAGACGUUGAUCAUUCGAAGAUGUUUCUAAAAGAGCUUGGAGUUUCUGAGAACGAUAUCAUAUUCAACAUUAUUUCAACUAUAUGCUCACAUCCAAUUGCUGUUAUGAAUUGGAAAAAUCUUUUAAAUGAAUUGAUAGGAUGUAAUACUAUUAAUGCUAUUGGUAUUUUUAUGAACAGUAAUAAUUCACACUUACAAAACAAUGAUUCAAGCACGAAGGAUUUCGAAGAUUUUCUAUGGUGUUCAUCGAAUUGUCGUCGUGGUCUCUUUCACUUUUUCUCAGUUAAUAUAAUUCGAAAUUUAGAAAAUCGUGGUUCUCCUCUCAAACGAUCAUAUCCAGUGAAUUUUGAUACUGUUAAAUUUAAUGCUCAAUUAAUUCGUAAAUUAGUCACAGAAAAAUUAAUCCCAACUUUACAACAUUUUAAUCUUUGGAAUUUAGCCAAUCGCAUUCAAACACAGAUUGAAUACAAUGAUGAAAAUAAUUGUGACUCUGUAAAAACCUCUAUUUUGGAUAGAUGUAGCCUUCUGUAUAUGAAUAGUUUCCCUUUAAAAUUACUCAGUUCUACCUGUCAUAAUAAUAUUAACAACGAUAGUAAUUUACUGUUUGAUCUAAAUCAAUCUAUUUCGUCAUUUGACCUGUUGAAAUCCUGUCCUCAAUUUAAUUAUGCAAAAUCUUUACUUUUCUCAUGUAUUGAACCAAUAUUUCAUCAUUCUCUUAUACUUUUGGAUUGGCCAUUUCUACUUCAUGAAUUAAAUGUUUGUUCUAAUUGUAUUCUAUAUUUACUCAGUUGUCAUUCUUCUUCACAAUGUUUAUUAUCUAUCAAAAAUAGUAGUAGUAAUAGUAGUAUUUUAUUAACUGAAUCAAACAAUUGUAAUUCUUUUUGUCAAAAUAUUCAAGAUGAUAAAAUUAAAAAUGUUGCAUUGGUUAUUCUUUUCCGUACAAUACUUCAAAAUACAUUGUAUCAAAAAAUGAUUAUAGAUCAAGAUAAUCAAAAUCUAAGUCAACCUGCACAUUCUCUGAGUGAAAGUGUUCAGAAGUCAUGUGUAGCAUCCAUAAUUCAUACGAAAUUAUUACCAGCUCUACAAUGUCUUGAUUUGAAUGCAUUACAUGGUGAGAUAGAACAAUUGGCUUUUCAAAUGCUUCAUUAAAAUUUCCCUUGUAAAUUCUAUCUGUAUAUAACAUUAUGUAAGCUAAAGUGUUGUUGAAUUCGAACUUACUUACUUACGUCUGUCAUCCCUCGUGAAGAAGCAUAGGUUGUCCAACAGGAUUCUCCAUUGAACUCUGUCCUUUCCAGUUGUUUCCGGUCUCCAUUCUUUUGAUGUCUGCUUCCAAUCCCGACCAUUGAUUUUCCUUUUUCCCUUCAGGAUUCCAAGUUAGUGCUUGCCUUGUGGUUCAGUCUGAUGAUUUCUGCAAUGUAUGUCCUAUCCACUUUCAUCACAUUUUCCUAAUUUCUCCUUCAGCUGGUAAGU